AUGCGAUUUCAGAGCCUGAACUGGUUGAGGCUCUAUGGAGUUCUCUCAGCCACCGCCAUCUCGUUAACGCUCGGACAAGAAGAUACGACAGAGGUUCAACAAGACGUUCAGGAACCUCACUUUAUGAGUGUCAGACCAAGCUUGGCAAAGCAAUAUGACAGCGAACGCAAGAUCCCUACAGAAAAAUACUUCACGGAAUCUAGCUUCCAUUAUCACUACGAUGGUCGAUUCGCCAACCAAACCCUGCCAGACAAUGAAGUCACCCCAUACCUGUCAAGCCUAAUUCAAACCUACCUGGAAACUAUGGACUCAAUCGGCGCGGAGACAUGGAUUAUGCAUGGAACUCUUCUCUCUUGGUGGUGGAACCAGAAGGUACAACAUGAAUCGCAUACGAAAAUGGAAAUGUCUGCUAACAACAUUGGCCAGAUUUUCCCCUGGGAUAACGAUCUAGAUGUUCAGAUUUCGGAACCCACGAUACACUUCUUGGCCGAUUACUAUAACUACACCGAUCACCAUUUCGAUAUCCCCGGUGUUGAAGGCGGCCGCACCUACCUCCUCGAAAUCAACCCCAACUAUGUCGUUAAGAGCAUCAAAGAUCGGAUGAAUGUGAUUGACGGUCGCUGGAUCGACAAGUCAUCAGGCCUCUUCAUCGAUAUUACAGCUGUUCGCCCCGACGACGAUAAGCGCAGGCUUGGACGCAAGGAGGCGUUGAUGUGCAAGGACAGACAUCACUACGAAGAAAGCGAUAUCUUCCCUCUUCGCGACAGCUAUUUCGAGGGCGUACCCGUCAAGAUUCCUUACGCUUAUGCCGAACUGCUUGCUGAGGAAUAUGGUUCUUCUUCCAUGACCAAGGCCGAUUUCCAAGGACAUCACUUUACCGAGUCGACCAUGACCUGGGAAAAGGUGCACCGGAAAGUGAAGCGUUUCUUUAAGCGUGUCUGGGGUGGUGAUGAACUUCCUAAGCGGGCUCCUGGCACUGAGCCUAUUGUCCACAUGGAUGCUGUUUGA